AUGCCAUCUAAUCACACCGGACCAGUGGUGCAAGAAAGGGCACACGAACACGCCUCUUCCGCGUCGAGCCCCACUAGCCCACUUGCUGUUGACUUCACGUCUUCACAUGAUCGCGACUUUCAAUCAGAAAUUGCAAAAAUGUACGCAGAACAAGGCAACAAACUGGUCACCGACGCCAAACGCAUCUCAUCUCUUCAGCAUCUCCCGCCAUACGCGACAUCAACCGUCCGAGCAGUGACAAAGGAAGUCCGGGACCUGGACCGCGAAGUUACCAAUCUCCUUGCCCCUUACGGCAGCACACAAGGCAGCGAUGGCACACAGAUCAAAAGCUCCUUCAACCCGGCGGACGAUCCGGCUACCGCAUGCGCUCUACUGGUGAAUCAUCUCAGCAUGCGGAGGAACAAGCGCUGCCUGCUCGCCUACCACCGCAUGAGGACCGGGAAACUGGAGCAGAUGUGCUGGAAUGGUGUCGAUGUAGCCGACUUACAAAACGCCUCUGUUUCUACGUCUUCUGCUGGAGGAUCACGACAUUCCACUACCGCCAGCAGUUUGAGCGCUGAAGAGGAGCAAUAUGCUCAUCAAUACAGCGACCUUCUGGCGGCGUAUAAAGGCCAGUGGACUGACAUUGAUCUGACUGGAAGUCUGGAGCCGCCGAGAGACAUCUUCAUCGACGUGCGCGUGCUCAAGGAUGCUGGAGAGAUACAGACGGAGUACGGGUCGAUUACGCUCACGAAGAACAGCCAGUUUUAUGUUAGGCAAGGGGAUGUGGAGCGGUUGAUACAGCAAGGCUACUUACAGAAGCUGAGCUGA